CGCGCAGUGAGGGAUGGCUCUGCUGGCCAAUCACUAAGCAGUAGAGAUAGGUUGGUUGGCGUAGCAUCCCGCCCCUGUUGAAGAACGGGGGUUAAGAAGGACGAAUGGGCGGUGAUGGGAUCCGGAGCGGUAGCUGAUCGUGUGCGGCGUCACUAGGUUGGGGGGUGGAGCUUGCGCCUCAUCUGCCAAUCAGUGAAGGGGUGAGGAGAAGGGCCGGGCACAGUGCACCAAGUUCCAGACUACAGACCUCAGAGAGGGCGAGCGGCCGCGACGAUGGCGACCGCAAUGGCUGCGAGCGCUGCAGAGCGGGCUGUGCUGGAGGAGGAGUUCCGCUGGUUGCUGAACGCUGAGGUGCACGCGGUGCUAAAACAGCUGCAGGACAUCCUCAAGGAGGCCUCUCUCCGCUUCGCUCUCCCAGGCCCCAGCACAGAAGGACCUACCAAGCAGGAGAACUUUAUCCUGGGCAGCUGUGGCACGGACCAGGUGAAGGGUGUGCUGACUCUGCAAGGGGAUGCCCUCAGCCAGGCGGAUGUGAACUUGAAGAUGCCUCGGAACAACCAGCUGUUACACUUUGCCUUCCGGGAGGACAAGCAAUGGAAGCUACAGCAGAUCCAGGAUGCCAGAAACCACGUGAGCCAAGCCAUUUACCUCCUGGCAAACCGGGACGAGAGCUACCAGUUCAAGACAGGAGCCGAGGUCCUCAAGCUCAUGGACGCUGUGAUGCUGCAGCUGACCCGAGCCAGAAACCGGCUCACCACCCCAGCCACCCUCACCCUGCCUGAGAUUGCUGCCAGCGGCCUCACGCGGAUGUUUGCGCCUACCCUACCCUCUGACCUGCUGGUCAAUGUCUACAUCAACCUCAACAAGCUAUGUCUCACCGUGUACCAGCUGCAUGCCCUGCAGCCCACCUCCACUAAGAACUUCCGCCCCUCUGGAGGUGCAGUGCUCCACAGCCCUGGAGCCAUGUUUGAAUGGGGCUCCCAGCGCCUAGAGGUGAGCCAUGUGCACAAGGUGGAAUGCGUGAUCCCUUGGCUCAAUGACGCCCUGGUGUACUUCACAGUCUCCCUGCAGCUCUGCCAGCAGCUCAAGGAUAAGAUCUCUGUGUUUUCCAGCUACUGGAGCUCCCGGCCCUUCUGAGCAAGCACCUGCCGGAAUCCUCCUCCCAGGAGGGUGGUCCUGUCCUGGAAUCCCUCUGCCCAACACAUACCCCCUGUGAUGCCUGUCACUGCCAGGCUCUCCCUCCUCACCACCCUGGGACACCUUUGCACUGCUGGAAGCAAACAUUCGAGGCACCUAGAGAAAGGGGUGCUGGCCUGGUUAUGAUGGGGGAGGGCAGUCAAGUAGGUGGGCUGAGGUGUGGCCAUGGUCCUAACCCUGCCUUUCUGAACUCUCUGGGAACCUUUGGACUAAGGGUGGGGCCGGGGCUCCCAUUAGAGAAGGGGGGGGGGGCACUGAGCUGUGCCGCACAGGGAGGAAGAAGGGCCCAGGCCGCAGGAGGGAGCCUGUGAAUGAGCCGCAGUGCUGCGACGUUUGUCCUGUAACCUCGGCCCACCUCUAAGAAAUAAAAUAAAGGUCAGCUUUUGACUGGA